CCGCCUCCGUCUCGAUACCGCUCUUCCCUCCUCGCAGUCGAUGCCACACCCCUCACUUUUGACGUUCGUCGCCGCACCGCCAUCGACGUCCUUGUUCCACUUCAUCGCCUCCCUGCUCCUGUCUCCACUCCGUCGGCAAGCUGGGCAUUGGUUUUCGAGGAUAUAGCCUUUUCUUCUUGGGUUGGGUGUAUCAAGAUGUCUGGAAAUAAUUCCCAGGCCGUGGCAGACCGAAUAAAGGCGCAGGCCCUAUCAAAUGCUAAGGGAUUGAGCAGGGCUCAAGCUGAACGUGCAGCGGAAGCUGCUGCCCGCAAUGUCAAUGCCUAUGGGCAGAAGGAAGAGGGGCCAAGCCACUGGCAAGAGAGGAAGGAGGCCAAGAGGAAGAUGUAUCUGAUGAGCACGGAGCAGCCUGUGAGGCUAGGUGUGAGGCGAAAUGCCGUACCAACUUCUUCCGCUGGUGGCCAAUGUCAGAAGUGCUUCCAGCCCGGGCACUGGACGUAUGAGUGCAAGAACGAACGGGUCUACAUCUCGCGGCCCUCGAGGACGGAGCAGCUUAAGAACCCCAGGCUGAAGAAGAAAGUGUCGCUGCCGGCUCGCUCUCGGUUCGUGAACCCUGAUCUUGAGAAGGAGAUGGAGGAGGAAAGGAAGCUGACGGGAGAAAAACAGAAGGAGAAGUCUGAGAGAAGGGAGGUAAAGAGUAAGAGAAAACAUCGUGCUUCGGUGUCAGACACUGACUCUGACUCCAAAUCAUCAUCGAGUGGGUCUGAGUAUUCUUCUGAAAGCGGUAGUUCAAGCUACAGUCCAUUGGACUCGGAGGAUAGGAAGCAUCGAUGCAACGCGAAGCAGAAGAAAAGAAGGCACCGAAGGGACAGCACGUCUUCAUCAUCCUCCUCGUUAUCCAAAUCUGAGUCUGAACCUGAUUCUGACAAUAAUGGCAGCAACAAAAGGAAGAGCAAGAAGCGUGGUUACACGCGCCGAGCUUGAAGAGCCAGAGAACUUUGAGGAACCAAGGAGCAAAAACAAUGGAGUUCAAAAAGAGAAGAAAAUGGAGUAAGGCUACACAACAUCUGUCAUAUUAGAGACAAUUUAUAUCAGUAAGUAAGGAAAGAUUUAUCAUCUACGUAAAAUAUCUAGGAAAAUAUUAGAGCUCACUCAUAUAAAUUGUCAGAAAAAAUAUUUAUCAACAUGUUCUGCCCAUAUUAUAACUGGCCAGCAACAGCUGCUAUCUUAAGCAAAAAGAAAGAAAAUGCAGCUAUGAAACAUAACUGAAGUUCUUUAGCCGAGUGAAUUGCAAAAAACCACAUUUUAAGUUCACUUUCGGAUUUGCCACCAAAUUUCUUGGUCGCCCCAAAAAUCUACCCGUUGUUUUCUUACUAAUUUUCUCAAUAAACACUUAUGACCGAUUUGGGACAAAUUAAUCCAAUUUCUGACAUGUUGGGCCCGCUGGUUAGGUCCACAUGGCACUAAAAGUCAACAUAAACAGAGUUGACCAUCAAGUUGGAUGUGGGACCCACCCUUUAGAGCUUGCUACCAUAUUUCUUUAUGUGGCAUUUCUUCAAACAACUUGCACGUAGAGGGCCGGCGGUUCUUGCCGGCGAACAUCAACGGUUCUUGGAGCUGAGCAAGACCGUAGCUUCAUCCACGGCCACACCCUACCGUGCCCCUGCUCCCCGCCACAAAAAACAGCACCAUGGCCGCCAUCAAGCUUCGGCCGCGCAACACCUCGGCCAUGGCUAGCACAACACCGGCCAAGCGCGUCACAGAAGUAGGAAGCGAGGGGGACAGUGACACGGUCUUCCUUGGCUGGAUAAGGCCGACAGCAGCUUACCGGUGCGGUGGCGAGAGCCGGCCAUGGCGGGACCAUCUAUUGCUGCAGCGUGAGCUACUGCUGAGCUGUGGCCACCUCUGCUCGGCAACUGUUGGGCGA